CAGUCGAAGCAGAGCAGGCUUGGGGGAAGCCGUCGUCCCGCCGAGCUGUGAAGGGCACCCACUUUUUCCAGAGGUGAGGUGGAGAGGCAAUGGAUGUACUGGACCAUUGACUUGCCUUGGUAAUUGUCUGAAUGAGAGCCAAGAAACUGAAGUUCAAUCCAGAUGGGGUUACAUGCCCUCUGAAGGAGCAGAAAAUUGAGAUGCAAAAUUGACUUCCGUGCUGGAGAUGGACCUUGGGGUUGAACAAAGGGCAGAAAGCCCCACUCCCAUGGAAUCCUCUGUUGAUGAGCAGCCACCCACUGAGGAAGAUCAGGGGGAGCCAGAAGGCUCUCUGGUAGAGCUCCUUAAGACUGAGGCCUUACACCUCAAGAAGAAAGACCAAAGUGCUACCUCUGGAAUAAACCAUGAAGAGGGUAGUAAUGCUGGAAAAAGCUCAGAAGGAAACCGUGCUGCCUUUGUUUCUGCAGCUGAAAGAAAUGUGACAAAGAAGAGCCCAGGAAAGGAUCAAAGUUUGACUGACAAAGUGAAAGCAAGAAUGACCAAAAUUGGAAUCUUAAAAAAGGAAGAAAAAACAGAAACUCCUUUAGAAGGACCUGAGAAGGGAAAGCUGCCUGCUAUUUCAAAUCAGAAUGUGAAAAAAGGAAAGCAUAAGCAAACAAAGAAACAGAGAAACUGGGAAGUUAAGCAAAGCCAAGUGAGUUAUGAAGAUGGUGUUACAGUAUUCUUCCAUGCCAUACUGUCUAAGGACUUCAAAGGAGAGUCCGAGGAGCCUAGAGUCUUCAUUAGGGCAGAAGGCAUUUCUGGAUAUAAUGAUUGGGAAGACAGUAUCUGUGAGCUGGCUUGCACAAAGGAUAUUGGUAAACAUGGACACCUAUUCAAAGGUUGUGUCACCAUUUCAAAGGACAACAUGGAUAAACAAAUUCCCUAUAAAUAUUAUGUGGUAUGUGGCGAGAAAGGAGAGUAUGAAGUUAUUCCCAAAGAGUCUCCAGAGGGAAUCCAUGUGAAUCGCUGUUUAUUUAUACAGUCCAAGUAUUUAAGUGGUACAGAUUGGCAUCAGUUUGAUGAUAUAAUAUGUAAAGAAUCCUCUUCAAGAAGCUGGAAUAUGUUAAGCAGUAAAAAUGACAAUAUUGUGAAAAGGAAGAAAAAGGCUUUACAAAUAAUGCUGGAUAGUCUGUUCUCUAUAUUGAAUACCUUGACUUCCUGCAGUGUUGAGAACUUCUUCCAGCAAUUUCAUCAGUUUUACUUGGUGAAUAAGAAGCUAAUGGUACAUGAGGGAGAGCCAAAGGAAUGGACAGAUUUACAGUUUGAUGAAAAGCAGGUUCAAAAGGUGAUUGAAGAUUACUUGGAAGAUUACCAAAAGAAUACAUCAGAAUAUAAUAAAGCUAGGAAUACAUCAGAAUAUAAUAAACUAGUCCUGACAUUGACCAUCUUUCUAUUAUCUGGAGAUUUCUAUGUUAUUCCAAAGUCAAAACAAGAGUGUCUCAGAUUUUGCAGCCUUCUUUGCCUGAAGGAGCAACCACUGGCAGAGGCAAUGAAUAAAGUCAAAGAAGUGUUUUCAAAGAUUUCAUGGUGUCCCCCACACUCUCAGAAUCCAUCCCAUGAAAGGUUGGGGGUGUAUUUGAGAUUGUUCUGCAAUUUUUGUAUUGUACAGCAAGUUCAUCAGUGGCUGUGGACAAUCCCAGUUCUUCAUCUCUUUACUGAUUUUGAAUACGUCCAAGAGAAUGCUCAACUUGAAUCGGAAGACGAAUGGGCAAGGUUGAAAGGUCUUCCCUUUGUUCAAUAUAGGAUUGAUGAAGAAAAAAGGGGUUCUGAGAAAUUCUUACUACCACAAAUGAAAGAAAAGAAAUAUUUGGUGAAAGAAAACAGAGCACUGUUCAGAUCAUGGUUUUCCUUGCUUCCUCGAAGAGCCUUGGCUGAAUUUAUCUCUGACUUUCCUGCUGAACCAUUGGACUAUCUUCUAGGAAUUUUUCAUAGACUGGAGGAUUUGAAAGCCACUCAUCCUAUCUGUGAGGAGGUAGAAAAACUCCUGAUGAAGGUGUUGGAUGCCCUCAAUAACAAACAAAAUGAAAUGUUACAGCAGGACACUUGGAACUCAUAUGUGACUGUCUGCCAAAGACUUCAUGAGAAAAUGUGCAGAAAAUUCAAGCUGCUACAAUAUUACAAGAUACCAGCUAUUUCUGUCCGCAUUUUUUCAAGGAUUUUUGAAUUUGCACCUUCGGAGGCUACAAGAGACAAGGCUAUGCAGAAUACUCCAAAGACAGUAUACCAAGGACUUCGUAAUGCUACCAGGGCCUGGUUUCGUGCUGUUCUACCAGCACAUAUGCUGAAACCUGGUUCACAUUUCAUUGUAGAGCUUACUUUUCCAAUGGAGCUUGAGGCAUGGAAUCGAUUUUUGAAAAUUAAUUUUUGUGAUGCAAACCUCACAGAGGACUGGAAGGGAACUUUAAUUAAAGACAUGCAAAGCAGAAUCAAGCAGGUACAUCCACUUCAGCAGAUUAAAGCCUACUGCUACUUCCUUUCAGAUUUUGAAAAAUAUGAGCCUCUGAUUGGCAAAUCUUUUGAAAGUUGUGCCAUAGAAGCUGUUAACUUAGAAUACAAGAGUGAUCUCCUUGGCCUGAUGGCCUCUUACAACUUGAGCAAGCUGGGCAAGCUUGCAUCUGCUGUCAUCACAAAAUCAUGGCCAAGUGAUAAAGAAGGAAAACCUCUGAGUGACCUGGAAGGUGUUUGGCAUCAUCUCCUUGUUUGGCCGGACACCAAGCAUCUUUUCACUUUCAAAGGAGGAAGUGGGGACUUCCUGAGCCAACUUACUGAUGAUGCCAAGGCAUUAAUGAAGAUCACUGAGUCCGUACAUAAAGAAAUUUAUGACAAUCUCAUGACAGGCCAGAUCUUAAUUAGACAUUUGGAAUUAAUUAUAAAGUGCAAGGAGCAAUUUGUAUUCAUUUGGGAAUUAAUGAAUGAAUCUCUCUCAUCCAUGGAGAAACCAAAGCAAAUACUGAAACUAGAAGUAGUACUUCAGUUGAGGCUGCAAGAACUAACAUCUGUCAAAGAGGAGCAAAAACAGUUGGAAUUCUUUUUGAGCAUGUUUCGGAAGGUGGAAGACAUUGUAAAAGUGGAUAUUGCUGAAAUGGAACAGAAGCACAGUGAAAACCUGGCCUCAAAAGCAUUGCAUGAUGUUGUGAAUGUGAGGCAUUCAGUUUCGCAGACUGAUGAUAAAAUAGAGACACAUUACCAUCUGAGUCCAGCCCAAAAGAAGAUGACUGAAACUAUGAAUAACUUUAAAGAAAGCAGUAUCUUCCAGUACUGCUGGGAGUGGGCAGCCAAAAAGCUGGCAAGCAAUACUGAGGAUUUGAGCAAAGAGGAGAGCAUUGCCAUUUUGAAUCCUGAAUCUUUAUUUGAAUCUUGUUACAAUGAAUUCUCCAGACUCUACGAAUGCCUGAAAUCUGAAGAGCUCACAUUUGCUGAAGUGGACCUUCUCUUCAAGAAUUUUACGAACCAUUAUGAUGGACUGAAAAAGGAUUUUCAGAUUAUAUGCCAUCUUCAGCCUCAAGACAGUGGGAAAUGGGUAGAGCAACGAGUUGAGCAGAUCCAGCAGUAUCAUAAAUUACAUUUGGCUUUGGGCUGUGUUAAAGUUAUUGACACGGUCAGGGAAGGUUUAAACCUCUCUGGUGACUUCAAAGACCUGCAAUUAUUACUGAAAUUUGAAGAUGAACUCCAGUCCUUAGAGAGAAAAAAGCUGUCCUCCAUAAGCGCUUCAUUGAUACGUGCUAUGAAAGUGCUGCAAGACAUCACUGAACCACGUCAUAGGUGCCUUGAAGAGCUUGCACGGAGGAGGGAGUUUGCCAGCUGGGUAAAAAAGGUUCUAAAAGAUAUAAAUGAGCUAAAGGUAUUUGUGGACCUUGCAUCGAUCUCUGCGGGAGAAAAUGACAUGGAUGUGGAUCGUGUGGCCUGUUUCCAUGAUGCUGUGCUUGGCUACUCUUCUCUGCUGUAUGAAUUGAAACAGGAGUCAGGGUUUGAGGAAUUUCUGGUGUGUUUGGAAAAACUGUGGAAAGCCCUGGAAAGUGAUCCUAAACUCCCUGAAAAACUGUGUGAUUCUGCAAGAUACCUGAAAUGGUUGAAAGACAUAAAAGAAACUCAUGGCUCUGUGGAGCAGUCAUCUUUAUCAUUGGCAACAACAAUCAAUAGCAACGGAAUCUACCAAAUUAGGGCACCAGAGGAAGGCCAGAAGGUUUCUCUGGACACCGUCCUGUGCCUGACCGUCUCAGAAAGCCAUGGUGGCCAAGAAGAGAUACGGCAAUACUCCCUGGAAGAGCUCCAAGAACUGAUGAAUAAGCUGAUGCUGAUGUCAGGAAAGAUAGAACAAAGUACAGAAGUGGAGAAGUUUUCUGAGGUAUUUUCUAGUGUCCAGAGGCUUGCACUGUCUUUCAUCGACCUUUAUUCUGCUGGAAACAUGCUUUUCCGCUCUUGGGUCGCUGAUGUAUAUUGCUCACCCAACCAUGAAUUCUGCCUUAGCAUGGACUUCAAUUUAAAUUCUGGUUAUGCCCUUAUUGGAAAUGGAGACGUCACAGAAGUUCUGCCAACUGUUUGCCAAAAGAUGGAGAGUUUCCUGGAAAAGUGGAACCAGUUUAUGUUGGAGAAGCGAUCCCAGUACUAUUACUUGAAUUACUAUAUGGCAGAACAGUUUGUAUACUUGUGCAAGGAGCUUGGUUCAGAGUGCCCCAGUGAGGCUGCCUUAACGAUGCUGUCAUUUAUAAAGCGCAACUGCAGCAAGCAAGAUGUCCAGGAGGUCUCCGACCAAGUAGUAUCUAAAAAGCCAAAGAGAAAUUUUGCUGAUCUGCUUGGGCCGGUGGCAAGAGGGAGAGAGUUGACUGUACAACUGGAAUAUAUAUGGGAGUCCUACAUGAGAAGUAUGGGCUCAUUCCUUCCAGGCUGCCUGGACAUUGACACCCUUGGCAUUUACUUGGCAACCCUGGCAGACUUGGAGAAGAAGAGUGUUAUGCGAAAAUUGCCACAAGGUCUUCAUGCUGGCAGGCCUAACCUCAUUCUCUGUCCUCGCUCUGAGGUGUUGGCUUCAGCACUGGCCAUCUACAUGAACAGUCCAGGGGAGAUGCUACCCUCUUAUGAUGAAGUGCUGCUCUGCACACCACAAACCAGCUAUGAACAAGUGGCGCUGUUUUUGAGGCGGUGCCUGACUCCAGGCUAUAAGGGGAAGAAGAUUUACACCUUGCUGUUUGCAGAUGAGUUGAGCUAUGAUGUUGGCUACAGGUCUGAGGAACUUUUCCAGAGUCUUCACUUUAAUCACCAUGAUGAUUAUAGGCUAGUGAUUCUCUGCAACUGUGAGAGAGAGCACUGCUAUGUCCCUUCUGUCUUCAGCCAGUUCAAAGUUCACAUGAUCCCUCAGCAGCCCCUGAAGGACAUUCAGGGCUACCUUGGGAAUCAUUACAAAGCAACACAGCCUCCAAGUUCAUCGGCUUCUGUCUUCAAGGACCAAAUGUGUGUUGGGAUUGUAGCUUCUGAAAGAGCUGGAGUAGGAAAAUCUCUGUAUGUAAAGAGGCUGCAAGAGAAAAUGGAAGCAAAGUUGCAAGGCCGUGGAGUAAUCUUAAAAACAAUUAGGCUGAUCGAUCCAGAUGUGGAUGAAGGCAAAGUGCUGAGAACUCUCCUCCCAUUCCUAGAAAAUCAGUACCAGAAACAGCCCAUGAUAUUUCAUUUUGAUAUCACCUCUUCAGUCCAGACUGGAAUUCCAGAAUUUCUGUUCAAGCUAUUAGUUUUACAGCACCUGAUAAAUAUAGAUGGGAAACUCUGGCUGCGGAAACAGUGUCAUUUGUAUGUUAUAGAAAUUCUUGAACCAUCACCACAAUUAAAGAAAAGCACGAGAUCAACUUUUCCAGGACUGAAAUACAACUUCAUGGAUGUGUUCCCCAAAGUAACCUGCAGAUCUCCCAAGGAAGUCCUAGAAAUGAACAUGCAGAGGAAUCUGUCCUAUGAUUGCUCAGACCCAGGUAUAGAUCAGGAAGUGUUCCGUAGCGAAGCCUUUCAGAGACCCUACCAGUACUUGAGAAGAUCUAGCAGAGGAGAUUGUCUUGACACAUUCCAAUAUAAAGAAGGCUCUGUUGAAGGGACACCAGAAGAGUGCCUGCAGAUGCUCCUGAUCCAUUGUGGAGUGAUAGAUCCUUCCUGGUCAGAACUGAGAAACUUUGCUUGGUUUUUGAACCUUCAACUGAGAAAUUGUGAAACUUCGGUGUUCUGUAAUACUGCUUUUGUCCACGACGUUUUACACGGCUUCAAAAAUUUUGUGGUCACAUUUAUGAUUUUAAUGGCAAAGGAUUUUGCUACACCAUCUCUAAAUAUUUCUGAUGAAAGCCCUGGGAAUAAGUUUUUUGACAUGGAAGGAGUCAAAGAAAGAGAUCUUGUUCCAUUCCUUCUAAGGAAGAAGUGGGAGUCAGAGCCCCACCCAUAUAUAUUCUUUAACGAAGACUCUAUAUGUAUGACAUUUAUUGGCUUUCAUCUUCGGAAAAGAGUCAAUGGUAGCAUCGAUGCCAUCAAUCCCUUAAAUGGAAGUGUCAUCCGGGAAGGUGUGAUGACAUCUGAUCUGUAUGAGGGAUUGCUGCAUCAGAGAGUUCCAUUAAACAUUAAUUUUGAUGAACUCCCUAGAAAUAAAAAAAUUGAGACACUUUGCACAGUUUUAGGGCUCCAAAGACAAAUGGAUCCCGAUGAAACAUAUGAGCUCACAACAGACAAUAUGCUAAAGAUCCUUGCUAUUGAAAUGCGAUUCAGGUGUGGUAUCCCUGUUGUCCUCAUGGGAGAAACUGGCUGUGGAAAAACCAGGCUAAUAAAAUUCCUGUGUGAACUACGUAGGAGCGGUGCCAAUGCCGAUAACAUGAAGCUUGUCAAGGUCCAUGGAGGCACCACAGCAGAUGCAAUCUAUGCCAAAGUCAGGGAAGCAGAAGACAUUGCUAUUGAUAAUAAACAACAAUACCAGUUUGACACCAUCCUGUUUUUUGAUGAAGCCAACACCACUGAAGCUGUCAGCAGCAUCAAGGAAGUCUUGUGUGAUCGCACAGUUGAAGGACAGCCUUUGGUCCACAACUCAGGUUUGCAAAUCAUAGCUGCAUGCAAUCCUUAUCGCAAGCAUACAGGGGAAAUGAUUCAGCGCUUGGAAUCGGCUGGCUUAGGCUACCGUGUCAAAGCAGAGGAGACCAAGGAAAAGCUUGGCUCCAUUCCUCUUAGGCAGCUGGUAUACCGUGUCCAUGCGCUCCCUCCUAGCAUGAUCCCUCUAGUGUGGGAUUUCGGACAGUUGAACAACGUUACUGAAAAACUCUAUAUACAGCAGAUUGUGCAAAGACUUACUAGGUCAAUACCAAUGUCUGAUGUUGAGCUCCAGUUAAUAACAGAUGUGCUUUUUGAGUCUCAGACGUAUAUGAGGCAAAGGAAUGAUGAAUGCAGCUUUAUCAGCCUCAGGGAUGUGGAACGCUGUGUGGAAGUCUUCAAGUGGUUCCACAGCCACAGUGAACUACUAAUGAAACAUCUGGAGAAGCAAGUUGCAGAGAAGAAGGCAGCUAAAGGUUUUGUCCAGCGAGACCCAGUACUUUGGUCCUUGGUUCUUGCAGUGGGUGUUUGCUACCAUGCUUCCCUGGAAAGGAAAAAGGCGUACCGCAGAGUCAUUAGCACCAUCCUUCCAGAGCCAUAUGAUGAUGAAAAGGGAAUCCUCGAAGAAAUUGGCUUAGUUCAGGAUCUUUUCUUGAGUGACCUACCUCUGAGGGAAACGAUCGCCAAGAACUUGGCACUGAAGGAAAAUGUUUUUAUGAUGGUUAUCUGCAUUGAACUUAAAAUCCCCUUGUUUCUCAUUGGCAAGCCUGGCAGUUCCAAAUCUCUUGCCAAAACGAUUGUGGCUGAUGCCAUGCAAGGCCAAGCUGCAUAUACUGAGCUUUAUAAAGAACUGAAGCAAAUCCAUUUGGUGUCCUUUCAGUGCAGCCCACACUCUACGCCUGAGGGAAUCAUCAACACUUUCAAGCAUUGUGCUCGCUUCCAAGAAGGAAAGAACCUAAAGGAGUAUGUCUCUGUGGUGGUGUUAGAUGAAAUUGGCUUGGCUGAAGACUCCCCCAAAAUGCCUCUGAAGACCCUUCACCCGCUCUUGGAAGAUGGCUGUGUUGAUGAUGAUCCACUCCCUCAUAAAAAAGUUGGCUUCAUUGGGAUCUCUAACUGGGCGCUGGAUCCAGCUAAGAUGAAUCGAGGCAUCUUUGUAUCUCGUGGAGAACCAAACAAGAAGGAGCUCAUAGAAAGCGCAAAGGGUAUCUGCUCUUCAGAACGCUCCGUCCUGCACAAAGUUGACCGUUUCUUUCCCAUCUUUGCAAGUGCUUAUGAGGAAAUUUGCAAGACCCAAGGCAAGGAGUUCUUUGGGUUGCGUGAUUAUUACAGUCUCAUAAAAAUGGUGUUUGCUUUAACCAAAAAACUGAAAAGAGAGCUAGCUCCCCAUGAACUAGCAGAGAUAGUUCUCCGUAAUUUCAGUGGUAAAGAAGGUGUUGAGGCCUUGAACAUUUUUAUGUCUAGGUUCUCAGAAAAAGGAGAUGUCAUCCGUGAGGACAUUGGUACAAUUGAUCUAGUUCAGCAGAACAUUUACAGUGACUAUGAGGAUGGUGAAUGUCGUUACCUGCUGGUGUUGACGGAAAAUUAUGCAGCCCUCCAGAUCCUGCAGCAGGCUUUUUUCAAAGGUACACAGCAGCCAGAAAUUAUUUUUGGUUCCAGUUUUCCCAAAGACCAGGAAUACACCCAGAUCUGCAGAAACAUCAACCGUGUGAAGAUCUGUAUGGAGACAGGGCAGAUGGUCAUUCUUCUCAACCUGCAGAAUCUGUAUGAAAGCCUCUACGAUGCCCUCAACCAGUAUUACGUUCAACUUGCUGGUCAAAAGUAUGUUGACUUGGGUUUGGGGACCCAUAGAGUGAAAUGCAGAGUGCACCCUAAGUUCCGUUUGAUUGUCAUUGAGGAGAAAGAGGUGGUCUACAAACAUUUCCCCAUCCCGUUGAUCAACAGGCUUGAAAAGCACUACCUAGACAUCAAUACUGUGUUGGGCAAGAGGCAAAGAGACACUGUGGAAGAAUUGAAGAAAUGGGUGGACAGCUUCACAACAGUUGAAACAGAAAAAUACUUUAUGGGCCAGCAGAAAUAUACCCCUUCUGAUGUCUUCGUUGGCUACCAUCCUGACACCUGUGCCUCAGUUGUCUUGCAGGUGACGGAGAAGCUGAAAAUGGAUGCUUCCCCUCAGGAACUGAUGCAAAAAGUACAAGAAGAAGCCAAGUUGGUCCUGUUAAACUGUGCAACGCCCGAUUCUGUAGUCCGCCUUGGUGAUUCACGGCUGGGUUCCUUUCUGGCAGCUGACUUGGCCAGGGUAUACUUUCAGCAGCAACAUCACACUUCUCUUGCAGAGUUCCUUCGUGCUUGCCUUGGGACAAAGUCUAGGGGUCACACAAUCUUUACUGAGAUUUCUACUUUCUCCAGGCUCCUGACAGCAGCAGAUACAGAGACUUUGAAGGCGGAAGUACAAGGCGAGUUGGGCAGCCUCAAAGUUCUGUUCUUGCAACAGUUUGACACAGAAUACUCAUUUUUGAAAGAGAUUCGCAAUUUUCUAGAUUCUACAUCUGGAAGUAAAAUCCUGAUUAUUCAGACACACUUUGAAAAUGGAUCUCUCAGUGCCCAGCUCAUCGCGUCAGCCAGAUACUCAGUUGUUAACGAAAUCAACAAAACAGAUCAGGGUGAAACCUUCGUGUUUGUGUUCUUCAUCACUAAACUGUCACGAGCUGAAGGAGGAAGUUCCUAUGUAGGAUUUCAAGGAGGGUUGUGGCAGUCUGUGCAUAUUGAUGACCUGAGGAAAUCCAAGGAUAUUAUCUCUGAUGUAACUGCCCUGAGAAAUGUCACCAUCAGCCAGCUCUUUUCUGCAGAGCCUCCUGAAACUGUGAUAAUGGAGGGAAUUGAAGAAAAGGAAGAUGAGAUGGGGGUGGAGAGGUUAGCAACAUCUGAAACCCAAAAACUGACCACCCAAGUCUUGGACACCACCAUUCUUCUACGGAGCUGUGUGCAAAGAGCUGUGGGCAUGCUAAGGGAUCAAAACGAGGAUGCCAGCCGCAGUACUAAGAGAAUUGAAAUCCUCCUUAGUCUUCUGUCUCAAGAAGAUGACGUAAAAGCCUCCUUCCUGAAGAUAACAAAGACUCGCCUGUUAAGCCUUUUGGGGAAGCAAGAAGAAAAUGUUUACACCAUGAAAGAGUGGGUACGCCGAGAGGCAUCAAACCUCAAUGCCCUCCAAGAAGCAGGAACUUUCAGAGACACCCUGUGGAAGCGGGUCCAGAGUGUGGUGACUCCAUUUAUGGCCUAUAUGUUGUCUGUCCUAGACAGUGACUGCAACCUGGACCUAUUGGUCAGACCAACAACAGAAAAGUGUGUGAAAGCUCUGUGGCUAUUCAUCUUUAAUGAUCUCAAGCUGCUGGACAUCCCUUACAUUAUGGGCCAGAACAAUUCCCAAACUGAGACUAUUCUGGUGCAGAGCUACUUUAAGAAAUCAACAGGUGCUGGCAAUGAAAUGCCCUUCAGCUGGAAGAUAAAAGAUUAUUUGGAAGAUCUUUGGAUUCAAGCUCAAUACAUCCCUGGUAAUGAAGACAGAUUUGUAAGCAUCUUUCAGAAGAAACCACUGGGGCAAUAUAUUGCUGAUCUCCCUGAGGAAGAGAGGGAGCACCUUUUUCACUGUUACGUCAGAGACUUCAUCCUCCUGACAAUGGGCGUUUCUUCUCAUAAAGAGCUAAAGUUGCUGCAGACAGCUCUCUUGUCAUGUAUGGAGGAAAUGAAGGCUGCUUCUUCCAAUGCAGAAGAGAGGGCACUGCCCCUCCCCUUUAUCCAUCUUUGUUACCGUCAGUUUAGGAGUCGUCUGCAAAACCUUUCCAGGAUUCUUGCUGUGUACCCUGAUGUGUCCAAUUCUCUCACAGAACAUAUUGAGAAAGGAGACAGCUUCUUGCAUCGCCAAAUGGUUCUGGAUGUGCUUGCUGCAAUUGCUUGCACUGAGAUGUUGGAAGAAAAACUGUUGAACUGCAGAUCUCAAACGUGGCUGCAGCAGGUGAAGAAGCUUCAAAUGCCAAUUGAACUUGUGUGUACAGCAAACUACAUUCAAAGCAAUGGGAGCCGAUGUGACCAGCUGCUCCAGGAACUCAGGAGCCAAUGGAAUAGGAUUUUCUCACUGUCCCUCUUCAUGGAACAUGUGCUCCUUGGAGUAGAAAUGCAGAUUCCAGAGGUGAAGAACCUGGUAAAAAAGUUCACCUCACGCCUUGGAAAAUGUUUUCAAGGGGAUUCAGACAUUAAAACCCAUAACACAUUCUGUGCAGUCAUGGAUAUCCUAUGUCAGUGCAAGGAGGAUGCCAGUUCAGUGUUUUGCAGUUAUGGUUUGAGGCCAUGUCCAAUUUGUUUGGAAGAUCCUAGGGAGCCAAUCCACCUUCCUUGUGAUCAUGUGUAUUGUCAUCAUUGCAUAAAACAAUGGCUGGUACCAGGAGAGAUGUGCUGUCCAUUUUGCAAAGUUGAACUACCAGAUGACUAUUCUCCCAAAGUAUCUGAGGAGAUCCGUGUUGCCAUUAAAAAAAUGACCCGGUUCCGCAAGUGUUGCAACAGUUUUUUCAUAGAGCUGGUUUCUACUAUGUGCUUCAAAGACAAUGAGCCCCCAGAAAAAGCUGUGAUCCAAGAGCUGCUGAACCUCCUGUUUGUUCACAAGCCGCCUUUGAAAGGUUCAAAUAACUACAGUGUGUAUACAAAAACUCUAUCCCCCUUUAACGAUGUGGUGGAUAAAACCCCUGUAAUCCGUUCUGUGGUGCUAAAGUUGCUUCUAAAAUACAGUUUCAAUGAUGUGAAAGUCCAUGUUCAAAAAUAUUUAUCGGAAGCAGAAUCAAUAUGCAACCUAGACAAAGAAGACAAGACAGUACUGUACACGCUGUUUGCCAGCUGCCUUGAGGAUUCAUUGUGUGAGAAAUUGGGAGCCUCCUCAGAGAAAAGCAAGGCAAACUGCCUGAGAGAAGAUGGACGCUUCCUAACAAACUACAUAAAGCAAAGCAGGAGCAGCCAUGAAACCUCUCAAAAAGUCACCAUUGAGUACUUGCAGGGAGUGGCCCACACCCGCCUGUGUAUGGAUAGGGCUGCACAGCUGCUCUUUGAACUUCAUGAAACUUCAGCUAGUAGUCAAGAAACAGAGAAGCAACACUACCUGCAAAAAGUGAAGCAGUUCUGCAAUCAGAUUCAAAAUGACUGGUACCGAGUUUACCUUAUCCGCACACUUACUAAACAACAUGGGAUGGAGUUCACACAGAGACUUUCUAAUGAAUCCGAGUUUAACUGGAUAUUUCCAGCAGAAAUAAUUCAACAGAAAUCUCACUCCAGUCUGAUUGAUCACUUCCUGGUACAUGGCAAGAACUAUAAAGUGGUGCGUGAUGCUUUGGGAAAAGCAGUGAUAAAAUGCCAGGCGGAUGGCAUUGCAGCAGCCUUGAAGGAAAGUAAUGGCUCCAAGUCUUCCCAGGCUGUUCAUUUUCUCUUGGCUGUCUUCAGAGAGUUCACAUCUCUGUAUGGAUGCAAGGAGCCAAGUCUUCAUCCGAAGCAGAAGCAACGUGAUGUUAUCAAGGAGUUCAUCCAGAGCUCCAGCGUUCUUCCUUCUCCAGAGCUGGAGAGAUUUGCUGAAUCUCUGAUGGAUAACCAUCUCCCCUCACUGGCACUGAGCCCCCAAGAUUCCAGCCACAAGAGGGUAGUGAUUGAAAUGGCAAUUCACACUGCUGCUGUCUUGCUGUCUGGCCAGAAUCGAAUCCUUGAACCUCUAAGGAAUCUGGCAUUCUCACCUCAUACCAUGCAGAAAGCUUUUCUUCCAACAAUGCCUGAAGACAUAGUUGCUCAAGCUAGGGAGUGUCUGAAAACAGAAAGAUUAACCUGGUAUACAUGUCGAAAUGGCCACCCCUGCGUUGUUGGAGAGUGUGGUCUUCCUAUGGAAACUGAUCGAUGUGUUGAUUGUAAUGAGCCAAUCGGAGGUGACAACCACAAGGCAUUGCCAGGAUUUGAGAAAACUUUGCCUGAGCACGAUAGGACACAAACUGGCCAUAUUCUUGGAGACCCUGAAAAAAGGGGAGGCAAUAUAGCCUCUGAGAGGGAGAUGUCACCAGCUGUCGUAAUUUUGAUUCGCUUGCUCACACAUUUGGCAUUACUUCUGGGAGCCACAGAAAAUCCUCAGUCCCUACUACAGAUCAUAAAGCCACCAGUUCAGGAUCCAGUGAGCUUUCUCAUGCAGCAUAUUCAUAAGGACUUGGAGCAACUGAAGAAUACACUUGGGAAGAGUGCUGAUGAAACCACCAAUGUUGUCCAUCUCAUUCUUUGUAGCCUUCUCAAGGAGCCUCACCAACAGACAAGCCAAUGGAGAUCUGACAGUCUACUCUCUACGAAGCAGUACAGAAAUGAUUGGGAAGGAGUUGUUGCUCGAAAUGUUGUUCUUCCAGAACUAAAGUUUCUGGAUAAAACACUUCUGGAUGUGAAUCAACAGAUCAGUGAAGAUAAGACAAUGGCUUCCAACUUAAUAGCAAAAAUUAUAUAUGGUGACCCUGCAACCUUCCUGUCUGAACUACCCAGCAACAGCACUGUACACUGUUCCAGGAUGUGGAGCUGCAGGAAAAAGAUUUCAGUUGAGCACCUGGAGCAUGUUGUCCAGCAGAAAGAUGGCAAAGAAAUGGUGCCCAUCUUGUGGAAGUUUUUGCAGAAGGAAGCUGAAUUGAAGCUGGUGAAGUUUUUGCCAGAAAUUCUGGCCCUGCAGAAAGACUUGGUGAAGAGGUUCCAGAACAUUUCUGAGCUGGAAUACCAAACAAUUAGAGAUUUCCUCAACAAGGCUUCACCAGAAUUCAAGAAUCUUAUGAAAAACAGAGUGAAUACAUUUCUGGAUGUAUGGAACAAGCUGAGAUUAUCUUUGGAAACCCACGGUGAAAUUAAACUUCCCAAAGGUUAUUGUGAUACUGACUUAACCCUGGACAGUGAGUUUGAGAUCCUUUUGCCUCGCCGACGUGGCCUAGGCCUUUGUUCCACUGCCUUGGCUAGUUAUCUCAUUGGUCUACACAAUGACUUUGUCUAUGCCAUAGAAGGAUAUACAACAGAUGCCAUAAGAUACUCUGUCAGCCCUGCUGAAGUGACAGAUCUACAUGUGAUCGCUUACAAUGUGGAGAGGGACUUGAUCCCAUUGAUCCUGUCCAACUGCCAAUAUAGCAUGAAGAAAGGAGGGGAGGCCCUCCAGGAAUUCGAUCUGGAAAAAAUUGAGCAGCAACUUGCUAGUAGAUUCCUUCAGGGGAAGCCCUUAAUCACAUUGAAAGGCAUACCAACCCUGGUGUACAGACAUGAGCAAAAUUAUGAGCAUCUCUUCAAUGAUAUCAACAGUAAGCUGAGCCAGAUUUCUCUUCCAAAUUCCACAACUGGCAUGAUCAGUGGGAAGUUGCUAUCCUACAGUGACAUCUGUGAAGCGCUGUCUGUCACUGAAAUAACCUUAGGAUUCUUGGCUAAGGCUGGAGGAGACUCAAAGAUGACUUUGACUGAAUAUGUUGAAGAUAUCCUGCAAAUGGGCAGUCAGACAAAUGACCACGUGCUGAAGGCACUGAGCCAGUGUCACCUCGAGCACACCAUUGCACUGUGGCAGCUCCUUUCGUGCUAUAAAUCUGAACAGCUGCUGCAUCUGAAAAGGGAUCCCUUUGCAGAGGUUGGUGCAGCCUAUAAAGAUGAGCUCACUGCAGAGAACACAGAACUCUUCAAUGCCUUCCUUAUGCAGGCUGGGCUGGGGUCCUUCCUCCAAGAGUUGCACGAAAUGAUCAUCCUGAAGCUCAAACAUCCCAAACCUCAGGAAGGGUUCAAUCCCAAGUGGAGCCUUAGGGACACACUUAUUUCAUACCUCGAAAGGAAAGGGAGCAACAUAUUAGAAGAACUAGAGGAUACAUUCCCAGAAGAGAUCCCGCUCUCCCAGUGUAUCGCUGCCUGGAAAGUGGCUGCCACUCUUAAACGAGAACGAAGACUGGGUUAAUGCAGCAGCAUCAAUGGCAGACAGUGCAUCCUCUCUUCUUGCCCAACCAACUUUAAAAAAAAAAUUACUGAAGAGCAAAGUACUGGAUUUUUAGGUCUUGCUUUCCUUGCACUAAGCAAAAAAAACACACAACAAAACCCAAAAAAACAAAACUACAGGAGAUCCUAACUGAAAGUGUAAUUGCACAUUAUUAGGAAUAAUUACUGCUUCAGAAGCUGAAGGAAACGCCUACCCUCCCUACAACUAACUACAGUGGUACCUCAGGUUAAGUACUUAAAUUCGUUCCGGAAGUCCGUACUUAAUCUGAAACUGUUCUUAACCUGAAGCACCACUUUAGC